AUGGAUAAAAUACUGCCGUUUGUUAUCCUGCCGCUUUUGCUGCUUUUAUCCGCGUGGUCACGAGCGACGACUAUAAUCGUCAUGAUAGCUUUAGGUAUGGGAGCCCUCUACGUUAAUUCUAGGCCACAUCAGAAAAAUAGGUCACCGUUCUUCUUCUCUUGGACCCUCUCUUCGGGGAUAUACCUGUUCCUGAUUUUCGAGUUCGGUGGGCUGCUGGCGAUAAUGCAAAUGGAAAAAAUUGUGUUUCUCUUACUCGUGGCGUGCACUUGUUACUUCUUCUACAAGAUGAAGGCCAUCGCCGGCUUUGAACUACCUACUGGGUCAUCUAAGGGAAAGGAAUAUAGUCCAGUUUUGACUUCAGACUCACAUGAUUGCCAGAUAUGUCAAAUUGAAGUAAAUGAAAGGUUCUUCCAUUCAAUAUGGUGGGACUGCUGUGUGCUCCGAGCAAACUACCCGUGCUACCUAGCGGGUCAAAUAUUCGCGUUCGCCACACUGCUGUUUGGCACCAACCUGGCCCUGACUUCCAUAUGCCACCCGUUCAUACUGAUCGGCACUAUCCUGUUGCCUGAAGACUGCCAGGACGUGUACUAUCAGAUGGAUACGGCGAUAUGUUUCGCAUCGUCGGUGUACGGAGUGGGCUACCUGCUCAUCGUCACGUUCGUGCUGCUGCACCAACUGCUGGUUUACAUACCUAAAUACAGUGGUAACUUUGCACUGUAUACAGCCCCCAAUGUGAAGGCCAGCCCUCUACCCGUAUUCCACACUUAUCCGUAUUAA